AGUCAUUGGCAUGUGCUAGAUAGCACAUGUCGCACAUGUGGGAUGAGUAGAGAUGGACAAUAAACAUGUAGCAUAUGCAACUAUAUGGGUGCUUGAAGUUGAAUUGUGGCACACAUGGCACAUGUGAGGUGCUUGAAGCUGUAUAGAGAUGUGUCACAAGACAUGCAUUGGCACAUGUGACACAUGUGGGCACUUCAAACUAGAUGGCAGAAGUCGUGCAUGUUGGCACACGAUGGACAUUUGGAGUGAUUGAAAAUGGACGAUGGCAUGUGGCAGAUUGGUUCAUGUGGGUGCUUUGCACAUGUGCAGUGCCAGAGAAGUUGAAUGGUGGUAGAUGUGGUGCAUUAGCACAUGUGGGGUGUCAAAGAAGAUGGCUAGUGGCACAUGUGGCACAUUAGCACAUGUGAGACACAUAAGUCAUGUGGGGGUGCAAGAGAAGGAAUGAUGGUAUAUGUGGCACAUUAGUGGAUGUGGGAUGCUUCACACAUGAGAGUUACAAGAGAAGAUGGAAUGGUGGCACAUGUGACAUGAUGGCAUGUGUGGGGCAUAAUGAAAGAUGGACAAUAGCUCAUUUAGCAUAUAGGCACAUGUGAAGCCAUUGGAGAUGGAUGAUGACGCAUUUGGGUUCAACCAUUGAGAACCCCAUUUUACUUUCACCUUAGGAAAAUGCCCUCCCUUCUCAAGGGUGGAAAUGUGAGAAUAAAUUUAGAAUAUUUCUAGCAAAAUAAUUGGGAAAAAAUUUAUUUCACACAAAUUCCACAAAAAGAGUGUUUCAAAACUGAAAGUUAGUUCUACAUCAAUGUUUUCUUCCUUUCUAUGAAUUCAAAGAAGCCCUUAAGAAUAAAGGGUAGAUAGAAUGAGAUUUUGUCAAGGACAUCAAUUCCAGUACUUAAGAAAAUCAGCACCAGCUUCCUCAAGUUAAAAAAAAAAAAGAAAAAAAGAAAAUGAAAAGAAGAACAUAUCAGGGAAUUAGGCACAUCAUACAUAGGGACCCACCAGACCAACAAUCCAAAUCAACCUAGGUGUGCCACAUGUAAGCUGGAGAGAGCCAAUUAUGUCAACUCACGUUUCAGGCUCUCAUUGGCUAAUGGUGAAGAAUCUAAGAUAGAUGGAACAUAUAUAAGCAAUGAUAGAGGAUAAGAUAGAUGGAACACAUAUAGGCAGUUAUAGAGGAGGAUAAUCUUGUAUGUGAUCUUGAGAUCCUUCUCUUUCCCUCUCUCUGAACAUCUCUAAUUUUUUUUCCUUCUUGUGAUUUCCUCGUUAGGAACAAGGAAUGGCAGAAGCAGUUGUAUCCGCCCUUCUUCAAUUGGUUACCGAAAAACUAGCCUCCCCAAUCCUGGAACAGUGUGGAUUGUGGUGGGGUGUUCAUGAGGAGAUGGAAAAUCUAAGGAGUACGUUAUCGACGAUACAAGCUGUGCUUGAAGAUGCGGAGGAGCAGCCAGUAAAGAGCAAAGUGCUAGAGAAUUGGCUGGGAAAGCUUAAAGACGUGGCUUAUGAUGCAGACGACAUAUUGGAUGAGUUCACGACAGAAGCUAAGCGUAGAAAAGUGGAGGUUCAGGGGCGUCUUACGAAGAUACGCAACUUCUUUACGCAGUCCAACCCGUUUGUGUUCCGUUCAAAUAUGGGGGAUAAGAUAAAGGAGAUCGGACGAAGAUUAGAUAUGAUUGCUUCGGAGAGGUCCAAAUUCCAUUUGAGAGAGGGAAAACGGGUGUCGGAGAUUAUAGUUCAAGAAGAAACCGCCUCAUUUGUAAUCGAGUCAAAUGUUCUUGGAAGGGAGAAAGAUAAAGAGCAAGUAAUGGAAUUACUGAUGAGUGAGGAUAACAGAGAGGAUGUCUCAAUCAUCCCCAUAGUUGGUAUGGGGGGCCUUGGUAAGACGACACUUGCUCAAUUCGCUUACAAUGACAAGAGGUUAGUGAAGGAUUUCGAGCUAAGAAUGUGGGUGUGCGUGUCCGACGACUUUAAUGUGAGCAGGCUAACAAAAGCAAUUUUAGAGUCUGCUAUCAAUAGUAAUUGCCAUCUUGAAAAGUUGGAUUUACUUCAGCGCCAGCUCCAAGAAAAGCUCAGUGGGAAGAAGUUUUUACUUGUGUUGGAUGAUGUGUGGAAUGAAAAUCCUGAGAAGUGGGAUCAAUUGAAGCGAUUUCUCAAAGGAGGUGCAAGGGGUAGUAAAAUCAUAGUAACUACCCGUAGUGAAAAAGUUGCUUCCAUCAUGGGCACUCUCCCUUCACACUAUUUGCCAAGAUUAUCCGAGGAUGAUUGUUGGUCUUUGUUCAAGCAACAGGCGUUUUGGCAAGGACGACAAGAACAUCCAAACCUUGUAAUGCUUGGAAAGGAAAUUGUGAAGAAGUGCGGUGGCAUACCUUUGGCAGCAAAGACGCUUGGAAGCUUGAUGCGGUUCAAAACAGAGGAAAGAGAGUGGCAGUUUGUCAGAGAAAGUGAAAUUUGGAGUCUACCAGAAGAAGAUAAUCACAUUUUACAUGCUCUAAAGUUGAGCUAUUAUCAUCUGCCAUCACAUUUGAAGCAAUGCUUUGCAUACUGCUCGCUAUUUCCAAAAGAUGAUAGAAUUGAGAAGGAGAAGCUAAUCCAACUAUGGAUGGCAGAAGGUUUCCUUCAAUCGUCAGACAGAAUUAAACCAAUGGAAGACAUUGGUGGAGAGUAUUUCAAUAAUCUAUUAUGGCGGUCCUUCUUUCAAGAUGUGGAGAAAGAUGAUGAUGGGAAUAUAGUAUGGUGCAAGAUGCAUGACCUCGUGCAUGAUCUUGCAAGUUUUGUUGCAGGGAAUGAAUGCUCAAUUGUGCAAGUCAAGAAUGCAGUGACUAUCCCUAAUAUAUCUCGCCGUCGUUUGUCCUUGGAGUGCAAGUUUGGUGAAGGCGUCCUAACAGUCCCAGAGGCCCCAAGGAAUGCAAAGAAUUUACGAACACUGCUUGUGCUUGGAGGAUCUAGAUUCAGCAUCCCUUGUGAUCUUUUGGUACAUUUUAUGUGCUUACACGUGUUAGAUUUAAGCUGUACAGAUUUCGCUCCGGAGUUAUUGGUUUCAAUCAGCGAGUUGAAACACUUGAGAUACCUUGACCUCUCUUAUACAAGAAUACAAGCCCUUCCUGAAUCUAUCAGCACCCUUCACCAUUUGCAAACCUUAAGACUUUUGGGGUGUUAUAAUCUUGCAGAGUUACCCAAGGAUAUGUGCAAAAUGACUAGCCUAAGACAUCUUGAAAUCAGUGAAUUGGAUGAAUUGACUCAUAUGCCAGCCAAUAUCAGCGAAUUAAAGUUCCUUCAGACCUUGCCAAGAUUCAUCGUUGGUAAGGAUGGUGGAUGUGGUAUAGGAGAGCUUCGAGGCCUAAACCUUCGUGGAAACUUGAUUAUUCAAAAUCUUGAGAAUGUAAUGUGCGCAGCAGAUGCCAAGGAAGCAAACUUAAAGGAGAAGCCAAACCUUCGUAUGUUACAGUUUACAUGGGGUCGGGAUAUUGAUCUUAGGUUUGAAGAAAACAUCGAGCAAACCCUUAAAGGUCUCCAACCGCAUCCGAAUCUCAAAAAGUUGGAGGUCAGGGGGUAUGUGGGUGUCAGAUUUCCACACUGGAUUUGUUCUUCGUUGCUUCCGAACCUGGUUGAAAUCUCAUUGUACAAUUGCAGAAGAUGUGAACAACUCCCCCCACUUGGCCAAUUACAAUUCCUUAAGGUUCUUAAGAUAGAUGGAAUGGAUGCUGUGAAAUCUAUUGGUAAUCAUUUCUAUGGCAAUGAUGUCGUAGAGGCAUUCCCAUCACUGAAAGAACUCACCAUUGAAGAUAUGCCUAAUUUAGAGGAGUGGUCAGGAUUCGACGGAAGACAAAUAUUCCCUCACCUUCACCAAUUAACUGUGAGCGGGUGCCCGAAGUUGACGAUGCUUCCAUGCCUUGGAUCUCCAAAAGACUUGAUAUUAAUGGAAAGUAAUGAGAUGUUGUUAGGUACAGUGGCAAACCUAACCUCACUUUCCUCCCUUUGGAUUGAAGAUUUUCAAGAGCUAGAGUUGCUGCCGGAUGGGUUGUUGCAAAACAAUGCCUGUCUCUCGAUGUUAUCAAUUAGCCGCUGCCCAAAGCUCAAGUCUCUACCAAGGGAACUUGGAAACCUUGCUGCUCUAGAGUCUCUGGUUAUUUCUCAGAAUGAAGAGCUGGUAUCAUUGCCAGAGGAGUUACAAAACCUCACAUCUUUGCAUUCGCUGCACAUCGAUGUGUGCAAUGCUCUAACGUCCUUGCAACUGCAAGGCUUGAGCUCUCUUCAAGAACUUACAAUUUUCGAAUGUCGAAGCCUAACGAGUUUGAUCGGAGAGCUGCAACACCUCACUGCCUUUCAAUCCUUGACUCUUAUUAUGUGUCCGGAGCUGGCUUCAUUACCAGAGGGUAUGCAACACCUCACCUCCCUUCGACUCUGGGACUGUGAUAAGUUGACACCUUUGCCGGAAGGGCUACAGCACGCCACAAAACUGCUAGAGCUGGAAAUUGGUGAAUGCCCGAAUCUAACAGCUCUGCCAGAUUGGAUGGGAAACCUGUCCUCGCUACGAUAUUUGAGGAUUAGCAGCUGUCGUAAUUUGGCGUGCUUGCCAUCUGUGUUGGAACUCCUAACAAAUCUUAAACGCCUCAAUAUCGAAAGCUGUCCCCAUUUAGAGAAGCGGUGCGAGAAGGAGAAAGGCGAGGAUUGGCACAAGAUAUCGCACAUCCCAGUUAUUCAUAUUAUAGCCGAAUCCCCGACAGGAGGCAAUGGCUCCUGAGCAUCUCUCAGAGUUGAAGAUGGGAUGCAUCAACCAUCUCCUUACAGCCUCUUGGUCUCAUUCUGUUAGACCAUACCAGGAAAUAUCAAUAAUGCAGUCCAAAUCAGAGUAAUGGAAGAAUCUCCGAAGUAAUCUCUUGAUUCACGUCGAUAACACUAGGUAAUCCUAUCUUCUUUAUUUUCAAGAUCUGUAUGCUAUAGCCAGCACUGUAGGCAGCUGCUUUUGCCAUAUCAUUUCUGAUAACUAAGGAGGAGAUUACUUGGCUAGGAUCAGUUAUAAAAGUCAGUCUAAUAUGUUGUAUUAGAAUAGAUGAAAUACUGUUGGACACAUGGCAUAAUGCUUGUACUCUUAUCCUGUAGGCAUUUGUUUGCCAUAAAGUGAGCUAAAGUUCAAGAGGAUGGAUCACCUACAAUCAAUUGUAUGCUGAACCCAGCUUUUAAUGCCAGAAUUUCUAUUUCCAGUUUU